GUAACCAGUACACCAAUGAGGACUUCAACAAAGCCACCAAGUCAACCCAACAGCACAUCAAACUUGCUAACUACAAAUACCACAACAAGCCGCACGACAUCCACAACGACCUCCUCCUCGACAUCCAAAAAGCCGGUGUUGACGACAGCUGUUACAACUCCUCGGACCACUGUGCGUCCCACCACAACUAAAUUACCAGAAAAAAAUCCAUGCCAGAAUGGAGGGACCUGGGAUGAUGAUGACGAUGAAUGUGAUUGCCCCGAUCCCUAUGAAGGGGACUAUUGUGAACGUAUAGAUGAUGACAUUGAUGUUGAUGAAGUUGAAGCCGGUGUCGAUGUCACACUCAGGAUAACAAGUCGCAAUUUUACAAAAGACCUGGAGGAUAAGGAAUCACCAGAAUACAAAGACUUCUCAAAGGACUUUGAAAAUCAGAUGGACAACAUUUAUAGAUCGGUUGAAGGAUACAGAGGCCUGAAGAUUAUAAAAAUCAGGAAAGGCAGUAUCAUUGUGGAUCAUGAAGUUUUACUUGCUAUGAACACCUCGGAAGGAUUUUCUGAUGCGGUUCUCAAUAAAACAGUCGAAAAUAUCAAAACAAGUCUAAAAAAUUCAAAUUCAGCGGGAGGCAACAAUGGAUUUGAGUUUGAUACUUCAAGUAUAACUGUGAAAAAGCCUGUUUUAAAAGAUAAUUGCACUUCAUCUGUUCCUGGUAAUGCCGGUAAAUACUAUAAACUGGUUUUCACUGCGAAGGGCGCCAGAUGUGUUUCAGUAUGUGAUUCAGCAAGGAAUGACUCAAUGAAGUGUGGAAGUGGAAUGUGCGGAAUGACAAAUGAUGGACCCUUGUGCUAUUGCGACGUGAGUCAAGACUACUGGUACUUUGGUGUUCACUGUGAUCAUACGAUUCACAAGAAUGGAUUCAUUGCUGGUUUAUCAGUGACACUAAUUGUACUUGUCCUUGGCCUUCUGGCUAUUAUCAUCUACAACAUGAAGUUUCGCAGGACCAUAAAGCAAUUUGAAAGCAAAAGGUAGAGCAAAAUAUGUCCUUUUUGU